AUGUCAGAUGCUCCUGAGGACAUGGUCGAGAGCGUGCUCCCAACGCGCUGGAACCGAGACUUUGAAAAGAUCGCCAAUGAUCUGUGCCCACAGCUGCAUCGAUGGACACGCACACCUCAACGCGUCAUCAAGUUCAACAAGGACGAAAGCCAUUAUUUCGGUGUUCGUGCCGUGCCCGCGGAAUACACCAUUGACAAAUUACCAUCCAAGACUUGGGGGAAAGGAGAUGACUUCAUUCUCGACUUUGGCAUUCACAUGGUGGGAUAUGUAUCGAUGAGACUAGAGUCCCGGGGGUCGCACAUGGAUGCCCCAUGUAGAUUGCGCCUCACAUUCGGCGAAUCUCCCCUGGACGUAACCCUUGGUAUGGACAACGUCAAGACAUGGAUUAGCACCAGCUGGCUUCCAGACGAAAUCAUCAACAUUGACAUGUGCCCUGAGCUGGUCUCUCUAUCCCGACGUUACUCCUUUCGCUUCCUAGGCAUCGAGGUCAUCGACACAUCGCCCAAGUACAAGGUCACAUUCUCGAACGUCGAGUGCCAAUGUGUUAGCGCCAUCAGCCAGGGCCACUCCUUGGAGGCUCUUCAGGUCAACGACCCUCUCCUUCGGCAAAUCGAUCACGUUAGCAUAUCAACACUGAGAGACUGCAUGCAAACCGUCUUUGAGGAUGGCCCUCGAAGAGAUCGCCGGCUCUGGAGUGGAGAUCUUCGGCUUCAAGCGCUUGCAAACUACAGCACCUUCCGGGACUUCAACCUCGUCAAGCGCUGCAUCUUUCAGUUCGCUGCUGUUGUUCGCGAAGACGAUUCUGUGCCAGCUUGCAUCUUUGAGCAGCCUCAGCUCACGCCUUCGACAGACUACAUUGUGGACUACGACGCGCUAUUCGCCGCCAUCACCUAUGAUUACGUGGUGGCAUCAGGUGACAAAGCUGCUGGUCUCAGUCUCUGGCCCACCGUCCUCGGUUGCGUGAAGCGGGCACUCACACAUCUUGACGCUACCACUCACCAGUUUGAUGAGUCCAAGGGCGAAGGUUGGAAGUUCCUUGACUGGCAACCUGGACUGGAACACAGCGCAGGACUGCACGGGGUCCUCUUAUAUUGUCUGAAAGCAGCAAACUCCUUGGCAUCGCUCCUUGGCAAGGAACCCCCCUUUGUGGAUCUCGUGGCUCAAAUGACCGAAGCCGCGAAGGUGUUCCUUUCUCCAGACAAUAUUUUUGUGUCUGGACCCAAGUCACAGGUUAGCUUCGCGUCGGCGUCUUGGCUCAUCCUCGCAGAGGCCUUCCCCCAGGACGUCGCCCGCGCUGCUCUGCUCAAGACGCUUGCACACCCUGAUGCUCUCAAGCCUCUUACCCCCUACCUAUGGCAUCAUGUAUGCGAUGCUCUCGCUACUGUGGGCCUGUUCGAAAAAUGUAUUGAGAUCAUGACCAGCUACUGGGGUGGCAUGGUCCGCGCUGGUGCUGAUACCUUUUGGGAGUGCUACAAUCCUGAAGACUCUCGGGCAAGUCCGUACGGUGAUGCUCGAAACAAUAGCUUCUGCCACGCUUGGAGUUGUACACCAACGUACCUACUGAGGGGGAAGCUGAGAGAUUUUAUCGACGUCAAGGAAACAAAAUCAGUCACAAUGGGCCACUUGGACGAAGUUUGGAUCAAGUCACAGAUUGGUAGUCAGUAA